AUGUUCAAAUUUUAUAUUUUUUUCUCUCCAAACUCAACAGCAGAUAAACCCAGAGCCACGGUGACAGUAGCUGAAAGAAUCAUAGCAGCAAGAGGCACAGUAACACUGAGCUGCUCUGUGGACACAUCUGAUGGUUGGAGCUUUGACUGGUUCAGACAGGAGUCAGGAUCUUCUUCUCCUCAGCUCAUAGAYAAUAAACRAGACAGAGUCCUCACAGUCUCAGAGGGAGGUGUGUACAGCUGCAGAGGAAGAAGAGGAGAUCCAGUUUUCUACACAGAAACCAGCUCUGAAGUCAUUAUUCAGAAAACUGUUUCCAUUAAACCCAGUGUGAUCCUGAAACCCAACCAGCCUCAGAUAUUCAGAGGUGAGACGGUCAGUCUCACAUGUCAGAUCCAGGGAGGAGGAGGAACUCAGUGGACGUAUGAAUGGAGAAGAUACAACAAAGACUUACAAACAUCCAGUAAAUACAGGAACCAAUCAGCUGAUGAUGCAGACUACAGGUGUCGGGCUACAGGUGUCUACCUGCUGACAGAAUGGAGUAAAGUCUUCAGACUCAGAGGGUUGCCAGAUAAACCUGYGGCUGUCCUCUCUGUGUCUCCAUCAUGGCUGAGUCCUGGAGCCUCAGUGACUCUGAGCUGUGAGGUUAAACCUCCGUCUGCAGGAUGGAGCUUCUUCUGGUAUCAAGCUGUUCCCAAARCAUCAAGCACUGACUACAACUAUGAGCUGCUGCCUGGRAGCUCCAYGGGGACUGAACAGAACUCCUUCAUCAUUCCUGAACAGAAGCACACAGCAGGAUAUGUGUGCAGAGCAYGAAGAGGACAACCAGAGUGUUACACUGAUUACAGUCAACCAAAGUUUGUUUGGUCUGCAGACUCUCAUCCAGCAGUGUCUCUCAAAGUGAAUCCUGACAGAGUCCAACACUUCAGGUCUCAGUCUGUGUCUCUGAACUGUGAAGGAAACUCUACUGAAUGGAGAGUGAAGACUUUUACAGACUCAGGUCAUUCAGACUCAGGUCACUGGCCAGCCUGCGCCUCCUGGGACACGACUGAAGACUCAUGCAUCAUAAAUGUUUACUGGUUUUAUCGUGCAGUCUUCUGGUGUGAGUCUGGAUCAGGAGAGUUCAGCAACGCUGUCAACAUCACUGUACAGAAUGAUAAUAAUGAUGAUGUCAUCCUGGAGAGCCCCGCCCUUCCUGUGACUGAGGGAGAUCCUGUUACUCUGAGCUGCAGACUGAAAGAACAAAAACUACUUUCUGAUGUGUUUUUCUAUCACAACAACAAACUUCUUGAAAAUGAUGCCAGAGAGGAGCUGAAAAUCUCUGCAGUGUUGAAGUCAGGUGAAGGUUUCUACAGGUGUGAACAUUCAGGAAAGACGUCACCACAGAGCUGGAUGUCAGUUAGAGCUGUAUCCAGUCCUGUCAGCUCUUCAUCUCUUUUGCUGAUUGUUGGACCAGUUUAUAGAAUCUUUGGACUUGUUCUCAUUAUUCUCCUGCUCUUAUUGUGGCGCUGCAGACAACCUAAAGAUUCCUGCUGCAUCAGAUCAAAACAAUCAGAGAACAGUCAGAGCUCCACCAGAAAUCAUGGCAUCAACCAGGCUGAUGGUCAUGAAUACAGCUCUCCUCUUCACGAACCAGAGGAGGGCGCCGUUUACUCUGAGCUGAAAACAGGAAGUGCAGGUUUCACUCCAACGUACGCUGAGAUCAACCAUCAGAUUUAAUUACAAAUUUAUCUGUGCCAUCAACAGAUCAAACAGCUUGUAGAUAUUUUUAGCACUGCUCUAAGAAAUGAAGAAAUAAAGCUACAAGUUGUGCAGCUGCACCUCCAAGCAAAGACAAUAAAACUAUCAAGUGGUUUCAGAGCAUAAGUUAAAUUUGGAUAAAACAUGAUAUUUGAUAAAAGAAAAAAAAACUACGUCUCAUUUAGAAUUGAUGGUGUUGAUUUACAGAGUGAGUGAGAUGAAGUUUUUGGGUGUCAUUGAUGAAAAGCUGACAGAGAAAUUUCAAAUUACUUAAAAAAUAGCAAAAUCUAUUGCAUUACUAUAAAGUUAUUGAAUGAAGUUAUUGAAUAAAACUCUCUGCAAGACAAUGAC